CCCUUUCUCCUGUCGGCCCUGAAGUGCAGAGGCUGAGGCGGCGCGUUCUGGAAGCUUCGCGGCGGGGAUCGUUAGUGCGGGCGGGCCAGGCCAGGCCGAUCCGUCUCCAUCCAGAGCUUAGCAGCAGCGGGGCGCGGAGGAGUCGCCAUGCCGGAGAACGCGGGGUCCAGAGCUUUCACGGGCGGCAACGGGGGCCGCAAGCGAAGCGCCUACCAGGACCGGGACAAGCCCGCGCAGAUCCGCUUCAGCAACAUCUCCGCCGGCAAAGCCGUUGCUGAUGCUAUUAGAACAAGCCUUGGACCAAAAGGAAUGGAUAAAAUGAUUCAAGAUGGUAAAGGAGAUGUGACAAUUACAAAUGACGGUGCAACUAUUCUGAAACAAAUGCAGGUUCUACAUCCUGCAGCCAAAAUGUUGGUUGAGCUGUCCAAGGCACAAGAUAUUGAGGCUGGUGAUGGCACCACAUCUGUUGUUGUUAUUGCUGGUGCUCUCUUGGAUGCCUGUUCCAGACUUCUUCAGAAGGGAAUCCAUCCCACCAUCAUUUCGGAGUCAUUCCAGAAAGCUUUGGAUAAGAGUACUGAAGUCUUGACCGACAUGGGACAGCCAAUUGAACUAAGCGACAGAGAAACCUUGCUAAAUAGUGCAACUACUUCACUGAAUUCAAAGGUUGUAUCUCAGUAUUCUAGUCUCCUUUCUCCAAUGAGUGUGGAUGCAGUGAUGAAGGUGAUUGAUCCAACUACAGCUAGCAGUGUAGAUCUUAGAGACAUUAAAAUUGUUAAAAAGCUUGGUGGAACAAUUGAUGAUUGUGAACUGGUUGAAGGGCUAGUCCUCACUCAGAAGCUGGCGAAUACUGGUGUAACUAGAGUGGAAAAAGCCAAGAUUGGACUCAUUCAGUUUUGCUUGUCUGCUCCAAAGACUGAUAUGGACAACCAGAUCGUUGUUUCUGACUAUGCUCAAAUGGACAGAGUAUUGCGUGAAGAGAGAGCCUACAUUCUAAACUUAGUUAAACAAAUUAAAAAGGCUGGAUGCAAUGUGCUGCUCAUUCAGAAGUCUAUUCUACGGGAUGCUCUUAGUGAUCUAGCGCUACAUUUCUUGAACAAAAUGAAGAUCAUGGUGAUUAAAGAUAUUGAAAGAGAAGACAUUGAAUUUAUAUGUAAGACAAUUGGAACCAAGCCAGUUGCUCACAUUGAUCAGUUCAUUGCUGAUACAUUGGGAUCUGCUGAAUUGGCAGAGGAGGUCAACCUAAAUGGUUCUGGGAAGCUAAUAAAGAUUACAGGCUGUGCAAGCCCUGGAAAAACUGUUACAAUUGUGGUACGUGGAUCCAACAAACUAGUAAUGGAAGAAGCUGAGCGUUCAAUUCAUGAUGCUCUGUGUGUCAUACGUUGUUUAGUAAAAAAAAGAGCUCUAAUUGCGGGAGGUGGAGCACCAGAGAUCGAAUUAGCACUGCGCUUGAAUGAGUAUGCUCGCACUUUGAGUGGUAUGGACUCAUACUGUGUCCGUGCAUAUGGAGAUGCAAUGGAAGUCAUCCCAUCUACACUGGCUGAAAAUGCAGGCCUUAACCCUAUUUCUACUGUAACAGAGCUGAGAAACAGACAUGCACAAGGAGAGAAAACAGCAGGCAUUAAUAUCAGAAAGGGUGGAAUUUCCAAUAUCCUGGAGGAGUUAGUGGUCCAGCCUCUGUUGGUGUCUCUCAGUGCCGUGACACUAGCUACAGAAACUGUCCGCAGUAUUCUUAAGAUUGAUGAUGUGGUGAACACUCGAUAAGGUGACUAAAGGAAAUGGCAGUACAGGCGAGAGUACCACAGCAUAGUUUGGAGUAUGGUUUCUUCACAGAAUCCCUGUGUCAAGCAUUCUGCUAAAACCCACUUACGUUUAUGUACUUUUAUCAACUUAAUUUAAUAAAAUCUCUGGUUUCAAGAGGCAAA